AUGCAGGGUGGUAGACUUUUGACGGUGUUGGUGUGCCUCGCCUCCACGGUGGCGUUGGUGAACGCCGGUGAUCCUUACUUCUUCUACACGUGGAACGUGACUUACGGCACCGCCUCGCCUCUCGGAAUUCCUCAACAGGUGAUUCUUAUCAACGGACAGUUCCCUGGUCCUAACCUAAACUCGACCUCCAACAACAAUGUCGUCAUCAAUGUCUUCAACAACCUCGACGAGCCUUUCCUCUUGACCUGGAGUGGACUCCAGCACAGGAAGAACAGCUGGCAAGAUGGUGUGGCUGGUACCUCAUGCCCAAUCCCGGCAGGCACCAACUUCACUUACCAUUUCCAGCCUAAGGACCAGAUCGGUAGUUACUUCUACUACCCAUCAACCGCUCUCCACCGUUUCUCCGGUGGUUUCGGUGGUCUCCGUGUCAACAGCCGUCUCCUCAUCCCAGUCCCGUACGCAGAUCCCGAAGAUGACCACACCAUCCUCAUCAACGACUGGUUCACCAAGAGCCACACCGCUCUCAAGAACUUCCUUGACAGUGGCCGCACUCUUGGAUUACCCGACGGUGUUCUCAUCAACGGUAAAUCCGGUAAGGUUGGAGGAAACAACAAGCCACUCUUCACCAUGAAGCCAGGGAAGACUUACAAGUACAGAAUCUGCAACGUCGGAUUCAAGUCAACUCUUAACUUCAGGAUCCAAGGACACAAGAUGAAGCUUGUUGAGAUGGAAGGCUCCCACGUUCUCCAGAACGACUACGACUCACUCGACGUCCACGUCGGACAGUGCUUCGCCGUUCUUGUGACCGCUGACCAAGUGGCAAAGAACUACUACAUGGUUGCAUCCACUAGGUUCCUCAAGAAGGAAGUGAGCACCGUUGGUGUGAUGAGCUACGCAGGAAGCAAAGUUCAGGCUUCAGCCGAGCUCCCCAAGGCUCCGGUCGGAUGGGCUUGGUCUCUCAACCAGUUCAGAUCCUUCAGAUGGAACUUAACCGCCAGCGCGGCUAGACCUAACCCACAGGGAUCUUACCAUUACGGAAGGAUCAACAUCACACGUACCAUCAAGCUUGCCAACACCAAGAAUGUUGUCAACGGAAAGGUCAGGUUUGGUCUCAACGGUGUGUCCCACGUUGACACCGAGACUCCCUUGAAGCUCGCUGAGUACUUCGGUUUUGCCGAGAAGGUCUUCAAAUACAACAUCAUCAAGGACGAGCCAGCAGCCAAGAUCACAGACCUAGUCGUCGCGCCAAAUGUCCUCAACAUCACUUUCCGUACCUUCGUCGAAAUCGUCUUCGAGAACCACGAGAAGAGCAUGCAAUCAUUCAAUUUGGAUGGUUACUCCUUCUUCGCAGUCGGUUCCGAGCCAGGGACAUGGACACCAGAGAAGAGACAGAACUACAACUUGCUCGAUGCUGUUAGCAGACACACCGUGCAAGUGUACCCCAAGUCGUGGUCAGCAAUCCUCUUGACAUUCGACAACGCUGGUAUGUGGAACAUCAGGUCAGAGAACUGGGAGAGAAGAUACUUGGGACAACAGAUGUACGUCAGUGUUCUCUCACCUGAAAAAUCACUAAGAGACGAGUACAACAUCCCACUCAACACCAACCUCUGCGGCAUUGUCAAGGGCUUGCCUUUACCUACCCCCUACACUAUUUAA